AUGUCAGAACUCAACUCCACAUCUGGAUUAAUAGCAAAUAUUGAAAAUGGAACUUUUUUGGAGCUGUACCCCACGUCUCUCUCAACAUCCAUGGAUUCGCCUUCCAAUCGCAUGUCAAACGUCUAUGUUUACGUUUCAAUCUUCCUUAGCCUCUUGGCGUUUCUUCUUUUGCUGUUAAUUAUUGCACUUCAGAGAUUGAAAAACAUCAUCUCCUCUAGCUCUUCCUAUCCAGAAUACACUAGUGAUGCUGGGAGUUCCUUUACAAAUUUAGAAGUCUGUAGCAUUUCUUCCCAGAGAUCAGCUUUUUCAAACCUUUCAACAUGA